AUGGAAGCUAAUACAAAUAGGAUUGUGAAUUUGAAUGGUUCUAAUUAUCAAGUUUGGAGAGGCAAGAUGGAAGACCUUCUUUAUGUGAAGGAUUAUUAUAUGCCUGUGUUUAAUACUGAAAAACCUGAAGAUAAAACAGAUGCAGAGUGGAAUAUUUUGCAUAGAAAUGUUUGUGGGUAUAUUCGGCAAUGGGUUGAUGAUAAUGUUUUGAACCAUAUUAGCGCGGAGAUUCAUGCUCGCACUUUGUGGAACAAGCUUGAGCAGUUGUAUGCUCGGAAGACCGGGAACAAUAAAUUGUUCUUGAUUAAACAGUUGAUUGGCUUGAAGUACCAUGAUGGAAAUCCUAUUAGUGAUCAUUUGAAUUCUUUCCAAGGAAUUAUUAAUCAGCUUGCAGGAAUGGGUAUCAAGUUUGAAGAUGAGCUACAUGGUUUAUGGCUCCUUGGCACUUUACCGGAUUCUUGGGAAAUUUUUAGGACAUCCUUGUCCAACUCUGCACCAGAUGGUAUUGUCACCAUGGAAUUAGCUAAAGGCAGUGUUUUAAAUGAAGAGAUGAGAAGAAAGUCACAAGGUUCCUCUUCACAUUCAGAUGUCUUGGUCACAGAUUGCAGGGGGAGAAGUCAAAGUAGAGGUCUGAAUAACAAAGGGAAGCAUCGCAGUAAAUCUAAAGGAAAGUUUGCUGACUAUGAGUGCAAUCAUUGUGGUAGAAAAGGGCACACAAUACGAUUCUGCAGACAGUUGAAAAGGGAGAACAAGAAGGCAAAUUACAACAAUCAAAAGAACAACCACAAGAAAGAUGAUGGUGGUAAUGAUACUGCUGAAGUUAACACUACUACCGAAGAGUUCUUUAUUUGUUGUGACUAUGAUAUGGUUAAUCUUGCACAUGAUGAUUCGAGUUGGGUUGUUGACAGUGGUGCUACUUAUCAUGUGACAUCACAAAGGGAUUUUUACACAUCUUACACUCCUGGUGAUUUUGGGAAUGUUAAAAUGGGUAAUAAUGGGUUAUCAAAGAUUGUUGGUGUCGGAGAUAUUUGUUUAAAGUUUGAGACUGGGAUGGAGUUGGUUUUACACAAUGUAAAACAUGUUCCAGAUAUUAGACUUAGUUUGAUCUCUGAUGGCUUACUUGAUGAUGAAGGAUUACCUGAUUCUUUUUGGGGAGAAGCUUUGAAUACAACGGUACAUGUUAUUAAUCUUACUCCUUGUGUUCCUUUGUCUUUUGAUGUUCCUGACAGGGUUUGGAGUGGAAAAGAUGUUUCGUAUCGUCAUUUACGGGUCUUUGGAUGCAAGGCUUUUGUGCAUAUUCCCAAAGAUGAAAGAUCAAAGCUUGAAGUGAAGACCAAGCCGUGUAUAUUCCUUGGUUAUGGUCAAGAUGAAUUCGGUUACAGGUUAUAUGAUCCAGUUCUGAAGAAACUCGUAAGGAGUCGUGAUGUUGUAUUUGUUGAAGAUCAGAGUUUAAAAGAUAUUGAGAAGACAAAGAUAGUUCCUCAAUCUAAUGAUGAUCAUGUUGAUUUGGAUAUGGUUCCCCCUCAACAUUUUGAGCCAAUUAAUGAAGAUGUUCAGAAUGAUGAACAACAUGGUACUGAUGAAAAUGAUGUUCCAGAGCAGUCGGAGUUGGAUGAGGAUUUUCAUCCAGAGUUACCGGUACCUGAUAUACCACCAUUUGUCCCACUUAGGCGGUCUACGAGAGAUCGUCAUCUUUCCACCCAUUAUUCUGCUGAUGAGUAUGUUUUAGUCGCCGAUGGGGGAGAACCUGGUUGUUAUGCAGAAGCUAUGGAAGAUGAUCAUAAAAGUGAGUGGGUUGAAGCUAUGCAAGAUUAG